GUAGCAAAGGAACUAUCACUAAGCGAAGUGCAUAUAAUUGGCCAUUCAUUGGGAGCACAUGUUGCGGGUUUUACGAGCAAAGCUUUUAAUGGACAAAUUGACCGCAUAACUGGCCUCGACCCAGCUGGUCCAUUAUUUAAUGAUGUUCCCGAUGAAGACAGACUAAAUCCGACAAAUGCUGACUUUGUGGACUUAUGGCAUAAUAAAAACGUUGGGCAUUUGGAUUUUUGGCCGAACGAUGGUUAUGGCCAACCUGAUUGUUUGACCCAUGUAUGCAGUCACGGGCUGGCCGUUGAAUUGUACAUGGCCAGCAUUGACCCUGACAACACUAAAGCUAAGGCCCGUGCGUGUGAGAACUAUUCGAGAUACAAAGAAGGUACUUGUAAUGUUAAAUGUGUUGCUGAGGCCAAAUUUGCUAUUAUGGGUGAAGAUGCGCAACUGUCCAAACAAUACAAGGGCAAAACUUUAGGAUUAAAAUACUAUUUGACUACUACCCGAUCGCAUCCUUAUUUUUAA